UAGUUACGCGAUUGACAUCGUACGAGUUACAUGCUCUUGUUUAUUAUUAAAAUUUAAUUAAUUAAUAUAUAUAUUUUUGCUAUAUAUUUCGGGCUUUAAAACAAAAAACAUUUGUAAAAUUCAAAUUAAAAAUUUACACAUCUAUUAGAAAGAAAAAAAUUUAAAAAAAAAGUUAUGUGACGUUUAUCAAGUAGAUACAUUAAUUUGUUUAAUAAAUAUCUGUGUAAAUUCUUUUUUUUUUUGUUGAGAAUAUUAGUUUAAAUUCAGUGAUUUAUAAGAAAUUAAUUGAGAUUUUUUUUUUUUUUUUUCUUCUUUUUAUUGGAAAAUUUCGGAUUAUUGUUUGAGAUGGGUUCGAGGGAGGUGGGUGAAGUGUGUAAAUUUUCUAUGUUGCUGGAAGUGUGAAAUUAAAUUUUUAAGGACCAAGUGAUCCAAGGCUUAAGGGGCGGCCUCAAUGCCGGCCAGGAAGGGACUUCUUGCCCCUCAAAACACCUUUUUAGAUACUAUCGCAACGAGAUUCGAUGGAACACAUAGCAAUUUUGUUUUGGGAAAUGCCCAAGUACCAACGAUCUAUCCGAUCGUUUACUGCUCAGAUGGCUUCUGCGAGCUGACAGGACAUCCACGAGCGCAGAUUAUGCAAAAAGGCUGCGCUUGCAAAUUUUUAUAUGGCCCAGAUACAACCGAGGAAGACAAAACAAUGAUAUGGAAAAGUCUCGAGAGUAAAACUGAACUUAAACUUGAAGUUGUAUUUUACAAAAAAGAUGGUAGCCCUUUCAAUUGCCUGCUGGACAUUGUACCGAUAAAGAACGAGAAGGGUGAUGUUGUACUAUUUCUUGCAUCCCAUAAGGACAUCACCCUCGCCAAGUGUUUUCCCUUGCGUGAGUUAAAUGAUGGUGAUGAAAAUGGUGAUAUUGAUCCAGAGGCACCACCUGAUAAUUAUGGUGGUAGAAGACGCAGUAGGGCUGUUUUGUAUACAUUAUCGGGACAUUAUAAACAGGAUCGUAAACACAAGAUCAAUCUCAACAAGCAAUUACUUCAUUCACCAGCUGCUCCUUUACCAGAAUACAAAACAUCUGCUGCCGAAAAAUCACAAUUUAUUUUAAGUCACUAUGGUGGAUUUAAAUCAUGUUGGGAUUGGCUGAUACUUAUAUCAACAUUUUAUGUUGCUGUUAUUGUACCGUAUAAUGCAAGUUUUAUCAGUACUGAUAGACCAACUGUUGUCAGUGAUGUUGUUGUCGAGACACUUUUUAUGUUUGAUAUAAUAUUGAAUUUUCGAACAACGUAUGUCAGUAGAAAAGGAAAAUUGGUGAUUAACGGAAAAAAAAUUGCUGUUCAUUAUUUGAAAGGAUGGUUUUCAAUUGACUUAGUUGCAGCUUUGCCAUUUGAUCUCAUGUAUGCUUCUGACGUAUACAGCAGUGAGGAAUCUGGAACGAGUCAUGUACAUCUUGUUAAAUUAACACGACUUCUCAGAUUAGCUAGACUGUUACAAAAAAUGGACAGAUAUUCACAAUACAGUGCAAUGAUAUUGACACUAUUGAUGCUGUCAUUUUCACUUGUUGCACAUUGGCUAGCAUGCAUUUGGUAUGUUAUUGCUGACAAAGAACGUCUAAACAACGACAAAGAAUGGAAUCUAGGGUGGAUCCAUACUCUUGCUGAACGUUUGAGAAUUCCUGUUCAAAACGUGACGCACGCAGAAAACUACGUAACAGCUCUUUAUUUUACCUGCAGUAGUCUCACGUCUGUUGGAUUUGGAAACGUAUCAGCAAAUACAACAUAUGAAAAAAUUUUUUCUAUAUGUACAAUGCUAGUUGGAGCAUUGAUGCAUGCUGUUGUAUUUGGUAAUGUAACAGCAAUUAUACAACGAAUGUAUUCACGUCGAUCAUUGUAUCAAUCGAAAUGGCGUGAUUUAAAGGAUUUUUUUACACUUCAUCAAAUACCAGAUAAACUUAAACAAAGAAUGCAAGAUUAUUUUCAAACAACGUGGUCAUUAAAUCAUGGUAUUGAUAUUCAUGAGACACUAAAAGAAUUUCCAGAAGAAUUACGUGGUGAUGUAUCAAUGCAUUUACAUCGUGAAAUAUUAAGCCUACCAAUAUUUGAAGGUGCAUCACAAGGAUGUUUAAAAUUAUUAUCACUACAUAUACGUAGUAAUUUUUGUGCACCAGAAGAAUUUUUAGUUAGAAAAGGUGAUGCAUUAUCAUCAAUAUAUUAUUUAUGCAAUGGAUCAAUGGAAGUUGAACAAAAUAACAUGGUUGUUGCAAUUUUAGGUAAAGGUGACCUAGUUGGAUGUGACAUCAGUAUACAUUUACAGCAUAAUAGUAAUGGUGGAGGAGGUGGUGGUGGUGGUGGAGGUGGUGCAAAUGAUGUUAUUGUUAAAUCAAGUUGUGAUGUCAAAGCACUAACAUAUUGUUAUCUCAAAUGCAUAAAUAUGCAAGGACUUGUUGAUGUACUCAGGCUAUAUCCAGAGUAUCAACAUCAAUUUGCACAAGAUAUUGUACAUGAUCUUACAUAUAAUUUACGUGAAGGCUAUGAAUUUGAGCAAGAAUCAGAAAUGAAUGGUAUUCAGUCACUGACAUUACCAUCAAUAAGUGAAGAUGAUGAAAAUAUACCUGAAGAAGGUGAAACAUCACCAUUAUCACAACAAAAUAGGUCACCAUCUCAUGUUACAAGCCCCAGACAAACAAAGUUCAGAAGUGAAAAUCGUGAUAGACGAAUUGGACGAGGGGGAUUAAGAAAUCGUGGUCAAAUAUCAAUUCAAGAAUCAUUUGAAGAUAAUAAUCGUGAUAAUAUUGAACGUAUUGAAGUAUCAACAAUGCAUCAAGAUGUCGUUGCUUUGAGUUAUGAGAUGAGAAAUGCCAUUCAAGCAUUACAAAUACUUGUUCGUUCACCACAAAGUAAUCCAAGUUUAACAACACCAGCUGGUCAUGUAGAAACAAAUGAAAGAUUAUUAGCAAGAAGUUCAUCAUAUUUACCAGAUGGAAUAUGUUGGGAACCACCAGCAAGAUUAAUUGAUAAUUCAACACAAACUGAUUGGCCAAUUGAUUUAUUUGAACGUUGGAUACGUGAUAAUACAAAUCGUGUAUUUAAAAUAUUGGGAAUUGAUGAAAAAAAAUUAACUGCUGAUAAUAAUAUAUCAUUAACACCAUCACCAUCAUCACCACCACCACCACCGUAUGAACCAUUAUCAUCAGUUGGUGUAACACCACCACGUUCACCAACUGGCUGUCCAUUAUUAUAUCGUGAUAAUAAUAAUACAACUGAUGAUGAUGAUGAUAAUAAUAAAAAACUUGAAUAUUCAACAAAAACAUAUUGGACAACGACAAAUGAACUUCCUCAUCGUUUUAGUGCUGGUGAUGCUGAUAAUUCAUCAUCAUGGUAUCAGGCAUUCCAUAAAAAUCAACAAUCAAAAUAUCUUCCAAAAUCACGUUCAUUAAAAUUUGAUCAUUCAAACAGUUGAAAUUAUACACGUCAAACAAAGUAAUAAUAAUAAUUAGAAAAUUUUUAAAAAUUUUUAAAGGGCCUAAUUUAAAAGAUAAAUUUCUUUUUUUUUUUUUCCUUUUUUUAUCUUAAAGUAUUGGCUCUUUUUAAAAGAGAAAAAUUAAAAAAAAAAAACCAUAAAAUUAUUGUAAAAUUGUGAUGUUAUAUUUGUUAUCUAAUUGAUUUAAUUUAUUAUUUAUUUGAUGCAUUUGGAAAGAUUAUUAUUGAAUUAGAAAAUUUAAGUAUUGCUUGGUACAAUCUUGUGACAAAAUGUUGAUUUUUUUUUUAAAUUCAUUUAUGGAAUACUGCCAACUGUUUUUAUUUUAUUUUAAUUUCAUUUUCACACAUAGUAAAUUUAAAUCAACAAAAAUCAAUUGAGAUAAUGAAAAAAUAAAUUUUAUUAUGUGUUACUUUGUGAAUUUAUACUCUCAAACAUUCCAUAUAAGAAUUUUUAUUCUGACAAAAAGAAAAAAGGCAAAGCCAAUUAUCUAGAAUAAAUAAAAAUUAAUAUAAUUUUAAAUUAAAAUAUUUUUUAAUAUAAUAAAUAAAUAUUUAAUGAAAUUCUAAAAAAUAAUAAAAUUUUCAUUAUUUAAAGUCUAUGAACAAACAAAAAUAAAUGACAAUUUAAUUAUUGUAUUUAAUUUAAUUUAUAUGAGCUCUAAUUUGAGUGGUAAUUGAACUAAUGAUCUUUGAUAAUUUAAAUUCUGAUUUACGUAUAAUAAAUAAAUAUAAAUAGAUGAAAAAAAAAAUAUAUAUUAAUCAAGUGCACUGUGAGAAGAGCAAUGUCCAUUGUAGUUGAAAUUAAAAAAAAAUUAGUAAAUAUAUAUUGAACGUUGAUACCUCUGUCAAAAAAAAAUUUGAACAUGCAAUGAAUAAAAAAAUAUUAAAAAUUAAUUUAAAAGAGUAUUACAAAUUAAUGUAAUUACCUCCAAAAUAUAUGUGAAUGUUUUGUAAAUAAAUGAAAAAAAAUUACAAAAAAAAA